ACUACGUUUUUUAACCGCGUCGAUGACGUCAUCAUUAAGAGACUCUCGCAAGCGGGUUUUUUGAAAAGAUUGCGUUUCUCUACUUGUGAAAGUACGACCAUAUCAAAAUAUAAUUUAUUAGUCAUAACAAGACUGUUGUAUUAUUUUUAAUUGAUGACGCCAUAUUACUGUUUUAUUUGUUGGACGCUUAAUACAGUUCAAUUCAAAGCGUGACGCAGCAACUGUGUUGUUUGUAACGUUAGCUAGUAGCACCUUUGCUAGUCGGGGAAAACUUAGUUCGUGAACUUACUUAAAGGUGAAAAUUAAGUUAUCAUUUGGAACGUUUAAUAACACAAAUGACCGCUGGUAGUCCAUGAAUGUGUGUUUUUUACGAUAGCAUGGUUUCACCGACUGCACACGUUAGUUAGCCGACGAGCUAACGUGAGCUGGCUUUGAUGGCGGCUAAAGCAACUUUGAUGAUGGAUGAUACCUCGUCUACUUCCACUGGUGUUCCUCCUUCAUCUUUCUUGAAGGGGAUAUUGGAACAUUUAUCGUCAAGGCAAUAUGUGAAACUGCCGGAGCAGAUAUAUAAGGCUGAUAGUGUUGCUGUUGUCUCACUUCAGCGCUACUUGUGUGAGCAAAGCGAAGGACAUUCGGGUAAUAACUACAGCUAUGACGUGACCAUCACCGACGGAGUGUGGCGGGCUAAAUGCUUUCUUCACCCCAGUUUAAAUCACUUGGUGCACACUAACACCCUGAGGACAGGAUCGGACAUCAUCAUCACGCAGUGCUCGUUUGUGUACAACGAGAGGAGACUGGGGCACGGCUACAUCAGCAUUGAGAAGGUGAGCUGUGGCUCAGGCAGGUCUGCACUCCUGUCUAAUAUUCGGGAUGUAUACACGCUGCCAAUGCUGGUCAAAGGCGGCAUUGAGCAGAGCACCUUGCUCCAAAGCGACGUCCCUCUCCAGGUGACUCGCAAACAUUACCUGUCUGUGUGGAAUGAUGAGGAUCCAGAGGGGAACAUAUGGACCGUGGUGCCCCCUUCGCCUGCCCUUGUGCUGGAUGUGUCCAAGAUCUCUCUUCUUCACAGCCUGGAGUCAUCUUUCAGAAGCUCAUAUAAGCCCCUCCCUCUUCUUGUGAGGAUAUUGCAUAAAUCCCGAUUGAGGUAUUAUGGCAAGAUGGGGUCCAAGAUAGAUUUUCCCUACCAGGCAUACUUUGAAGUUGCUGACCAGAGUGGCACCAUGUCUCUUGUGCUUUGGAAUGAACUCUGUCCACAGUAUUACCUCACGCUCAAUGUUGGAACGGUGUUGUACCUCCAAUAUUACUCCCUUAAGCAGAGUUAUUUAAAACGCUCGCGCCCACAAAUGGACCAUUACGGAAUUAAGGAAUUUACCUCAGUUGAAAUCUCCCUGAACUUUCGCAAUCCAGCUUCAGUCAUCACUGUGGUGCCACCGAAGAAAGUUCAACCUCAGUGGUCAUUGCCUGAUGUGUCUUAUCGUUUCACCACAAGAUCAAACCUUGGGAGGUUUUUCAACAACUCAGUGUGUGACAUCAUCGGUUUGGUCACUUUUGUAGGUCGUGUUGAAAGAAAAAAGUGCAAAAGCAACAAUGAGAAGUACUGGACGUUCCGCUGGGUCCAUGUGGUCGAUGGAACAUCAGAGCAGCCUUUUAUCCUGGAGAUUUUUUCCUCUUCUCAACCUGAAAUCUUUGUAAAUAUAAGCCCAAUGACCUACCUGGUGUGCACUCAGAUGCGAGUAUGUCAGGUGGAAGGCUCGUUGCCCUACCUCACCACGAGCUGUGAGACAGAGCUGUUCAUUACUGGCUACCACAAAGGUCAACCAUAUGUAAAUGACCCUACUGUGAAGAACUUCAUCCAGUGGACCAAGACUCAGAAGGACAACGUGAUUCUCCAGAAGACAGCUGUUGGUGGCUAUUACUCUUACCCUCAUGCCCCGCAAAAAUUCACCCAGUCUGUGGCGGAGACAUCAGAGCAAGUUCCACUUGUGGCUGUGUCUGACUUGAAGAAAGUGUUGGCGACCCUGCACUAUAGAGAGCAUACAAAAGUUGCUAUUCAAGGUCAAAUCACAGCUGUAAGAUUUGUGGAAAAGUCAAGCACGACAAAAGCACAAGGCCCUGAAGAGAACAAGAUGCCCAUUGUGUCCGCAGAUGGACAAACAGUAUUGGAUGUACAAGAGACAUCUUCGUCUGCAUCAAAUUCAGUGGAACAAUUAACUCCCAGAAAAAGAAAAAGGACAAUACAGAUAAGGGCAGCCCCACAAGAAAAUAAAGAAGUAGGAGAGCCAGAAGAAGAAGAAGGAGAGUCGCUCUCAGGGGAACCGAGUGUGCACCCCCAAAUUGAAGGCUGCCAUGUCUUAUCCUGGGAGAGCAGCGGGUGGUCGAGGCAACGCCAAGAAGUCUCUGAACAUCUACGUCACAAAGUUCUUUAUCAGAACAGUAUUUCUCGGAGGUUCACCUUUGAAGAGAAAAACUCUCUCCUGAGUUGGAGCAACCUACACCCCAUGCGGUGGACACCAGAGCAAUCAGCCAACGUUGUCCCCUCUGCUGUUGAUCUAGGAUACUACAAAGUAACCAUACUAGGCAUAAACAAGAUGAUGGCUGUCGACGCCGCCUUUUUACCAGUUGUGUGCUCUACCGAGCAAAGAGCUGUAGGUCUUCCUCACGCUCGCCAUGACAACACCAUGAUGUCUUGUCUCUCCUCUGGAUUCGUCUGUCCUCUCAGCCACAGCAAGGCGACGAGUCCCAGACCAGAGGAGAUCUUGCCGACUGCAAGCGAACUAGAGGACGUGCAUUUGGUGUGUGUCUUGGACAUUUGUCACCUGGGUGGAGAGGAGGUGGAGGUACUCCUUAGCAAAGUGUACAAAGUGACAGAGGUUUUUCUUGUUUAGCUGCUUACAAAUAUAUCAUACCGGUACAUGUUUUGGAUUUAGAUCAUAUUUAGAAACAGAAAAAAUACAUUAUGCUUAUUCCAUGCUUUCUAGUACGUUAAUGGUUUGGAUAAAUACAACUAUUCAGAGUAGUGUAGUGCCUCAAAAAAUAUUAAUGUCAUGUCAGAUUAUCACAAAGGAUUGUAAAAAAAUAGUCAACAAACUUCAAUUUUCCUGCUCAAAAUCACAAUACAUGCUAUAUGUUUAAAGAUAUUUAUUUCCAAAUAAUUCACAAUAUCCAGGUUGAUUUAUAAAUAAUUCAAUAUAACAUAAUUCAUAUCAAGUUAUUUUAGACUGUAAACUUAAUUCUUAUUUUCAUUUAAACAAUAUUUUUAAAGCUUAUUUCAAUGGUAAGUACAUGAAGAGGGAAAAAAAGAACAUAAGCGACUGUGCAACACAAACACAAAAUAGUCUCACCUCCUCUAAUAAGACACUUCAUUAUCUCUUACAAAAUUACUUUAAUUUUGAAAUCAUGUAACGUACACAUGUAAUCUAUGAGAUGUACAAAAUAAAACAAUAUGUAAUCUAGUGUCUUUUGUACGUUCUAAUAAACAGUAUAUGCAUGUUUUUCUGCACAGAAACGGCAGAAAUAACUUGUGUAGCAGGUUUGUGUUCCUCUGGUUCUGGCCUUAAAUUGAAAGUCCCGUCGUCAUCACCUGACAAAUCAGGAAGAUGGUCAUAAACCUUCCAGAACAUUGACACAAAAUGGGAAAAGCCCAUGAAGCUGAAAGGGGAGAUGGUUGAAACGUUUAGAGCUGAUUAUUUACAUGAUCUAAAGGCUCUAAAAUGUUUACAUCCAAACAUCAGGUAGAGAAAGAACGUUUUUGUUCCAUAAUGCGAGUUUCUAAAUAGGUUUUACUGUAAUGGGAGCUCUCGUAUGAGUCCGUAAUAGUUUAUAUCAAUGCAAGGCAAACAAUAUAAGUGGCCCAUAUAACUGAAAGGUCCACAUGUCUCCUUCUCACCACCACUGGCUUAUGUGUUAAUUAUGUGUCAUUAACUGCGUAUACGUGUAUCUAUGGCAGUGCUUAGCAUUUGAGUCUCCUCCCUCCGUCAGCAAAAAAAAACACUUUGAUGUUUGGAUAAACUUCAUCAUGGUGAACUUAAGUUUUCCUUAUCGUGGUUGUUGUCUCACAUGUAAGGGAGGGGGAAAAAACCAGC